AUGUAUCCCUACACCAACUGCACCAGCCUGGCACCCCCUCGCGACUACCUGGCCCAGCUGGAGGCCGACGUGCUCUGCAAUCAGAGCCACGUGGACCCGGAGGACAUGACCCUCACGGAGGACGAGCUGCGGGACAAGUACCUGGGGCCGCGGCGGUCCAGCUUCUUCGUGCCCGUCUGCACCACCUACCUGCUGAUCUUCGUGGUAGGCGCUGUGGGCAACACGCUGACCUGCCUAGUGAUCCUGCGGCACAAGUUCAUGCGGACGCCCACCAACUACUACCUGUUCAGCCUGGCCGUGUCGGACCUGCUGGUGCUGCUGCUGGGCAUGCCGCUGGAGCUGUACGACAUGUGGAGCAACUACCCCUUCCUGCUGGGCGCGGGCGGCUGCUACUUCAAGACGCUGCUGUUCGAGGCCGUGUGCUUCGCCUCCAUCCUCAACGUCACGGCCCUGAGCGUGGAGCGCUACAUCGCCGUGGUGCACCCGCUCAAGGCCAAGUACGUGGUGACCCGCAACCACGCCAAGCGGGUCAUCGGUGCCAUCUGGGUGCUCUCAGUGCUCUGCUCCAUCCCCAACACCAGCCUCCAUGGCAUCAGGCCGCUGUAUGUGCCAGGCCGGGGCAUGGUGCCCGACUCAGCUAUCUGCAUGGUGGUGAAGCCGCUGGUGCUCUACAACCUCAUCAUCCAGAUCACCACCAUCCUCUUCUUCUUCCUGCCCAUGGGCACCCUCAGCAUCCUCUACCUGCUCAUCGGCCUGCAGCUGAGGAAGGAGAAGAUGCUGCAGAGCCUGGAGGCCAAGGCGGGCGGGGACAGCGACUACCACCAUGUCCGAGCCCAGCAGAAGAAGGUCCGGAGGAGGCAGGUGACUAAGAUGCUGUUUGUCCUGGUGGUCGUGUUUGGGAUCUGCUGGGCCCCCUUCCACAUGGACCGGCUGGUCUGGAGCUUCGUCUCCAACUGGACGGGCAACAUGCACGAGAUGUUCCAGUACAUCCACGUCAUCUCGGGGGUCUUCUUCUACCUGAGCUCGGCCACCAACCCCAUCCUCUACAACCUGAUGUCCACCCGCUUCCGGGAGAUGUUCAAGGAGGUGAUGUGUCACCAGCACCUCCAGCGCCUCGGCUCCCGCAAGUACUCGCCCAGCGUCACCCGGGUCACCACCCGCAGCACAGUGUGCGAGCACUUGCCCAGCGGCAACGGGCUGCCCCUGGCCGACCUGGAGGAGUAUGAGAUGGACAGGGAGGGCGAGCAUGGCAACGAGCACGGGGAGGUCUUUGACUGAGAGCCUUCCCCACCCACCAGGCUCGGAUGUGACCGCAAGGGGAUGGGACAGGCCAGGACUGGCUUUCGCGGUCACCCACUCCCAUCUCCCCUGCAUUGUGGUACCCGCUAACACUGCCAGACACAGGCUUCUGUCUCCAUCUCACCCCCGCUGGGCUGAGCUUGCCAAGGGCCUCCGGAUGGUGAGGGAAGGGACCUGUCAAAUUUGGGUUCACACUAAGAGCAUCAAUUCUUCCUGGCUGCUGGCCCACACCAUGGUCUGUGCCCUUGCUGCCUCCAUGGGCAGAGCCAGAGCCCCUGGCGUGGCACUGAGCGCGGGCGGGUUGUAUCAGGAACAUUUGGCAGCCCCGAAGCAGCUUCACAGAAGAGGAAGGGAGCAAACGGAGCCUGGUGAGCGCAGCUGAGCCCAGGGGUUGAAGCCGACAGAGGUCUGGGGUUGCAGCCACUGCUACACCUGAGAAGCAGAGACUCGGAUGGAGAUUCAGCCACGCAGAGGGCUGGUGCAUGGCCAUGGGGCAGCGCUCUCCCCAUACUGCUGUAGGCCAAGGAAAAUCUGUCUCUCUGCUGCCUCUGUCCCCUGCUGAUCCCGGGCUGGGUCUCCCGGUGCACUGUGCUGCCCUGCCUCUCUGGUGGGCCAGCCCCUGGCUCCCCAUGCCCAGCUGGCAGUGAGGGCACAUCGCAGCAGGGUGGCAUUGUGGCAGGAUCACACCGUGAUGUGCCAGCCAGAACCGGGUGGUUUGGGGCUGUCACAGCCGGGGUGCUAGUGUGUCAGGCAUGCGGCCCAGUUGUUCACAGCCCUCAGUGCAGCCAGGGAUCAGCUCUGAAUUCUUUACCGAUUUCUUCCCAUACCGGCCCCAUUCACACCCCGCCAGGCUUCCUCCUACCCCGACCCCCUCCUUCCUGC